GGCCCGCCCCGGCCGAGGCUCCGCCGGCGCCAUCGCGCUCCGCGCCGGGCCCUUCCCUGGGCGCCGCGGGCCCGGGCAGCGAUGCGGCCGGGCGCGGUGACCUUCGAGGACGUGGCCGUCUACUUCUCCCCCGAGGAGUGGGUCGAGCUGGCGGCGUGGCAGCGGGAGCUCUACCAGGAGGUGAUGAUGGACAACCACGACCUGGUCGCCAGCCUGGGCCACGAGUCCAGACCCAUCCACAAAAUGGAGCGUGGGGGGUCCCGCAGCAGCAGGGGGGACGGUGGAGCUCCUGACGCCUCUGGCCCCUCUGCCUGGGGCGGGACGGCCGCCGAGGACCUGCCUGAGGAUGACAACCAGCGGCGCUGGGUCCCGCGCGCGCCGGCGGCCGAGGAGUCGGGGUACACCACGCUCCUUUCCGGCUGGUGCAACGCGGAGCCGGGGCUCUGCGCCGGGGACGCCCCCCGGGAGCUGCCGGGGUGGGAGCAGGGGGAGCAGCCGCUGGAGACGCCCGUGGCGGGGGCCAGGGGGCUGCUCAUCUGCAGCACCUGGGGGCAGAGCCUCAAGGACAAGGCCGAGCUGAGCGCGCACCAGGGCGAGCACCCGUGCCCGGCGCCCUCCUACCAGUGCGGCGCCUGCGGCAAGGCUUUCCGCGACCGCCGCAACCUCCUGACGCACAAGAAGCACCGGGGCCGGCACCGGCACGCCUGCACGGAGUGCAGCAGGACCUUCUGCUUGAAAGGGGACCUGCUGCGGCACCGGGCGAGCCACGGCGGCGAGCGCAGCUACGCCUGCCCGCUCUGCGGGGACAGCUUCCGCCACAAGCGCGACCUGCAGGCGCACCGCCAGGAGCACGCCAGCGACGCGCGCCGCAAGUGCCCCAAGUGCGAGAAGCGCUUCGAGGACGAGGCCGGCCUGAGCCGGCACCGGGCGUCGCAUUGCGAGGAGCGACCCUUCCUCUGCCAGCGCUGCAACCGCAGCUUCAGCUGGAAGGAGAGCCUGAUCAUCCACCAGCGCAGCCACGCGCAGGAGCGCUCCCACAAGUGCCCCGACUGCGGCCGCGGCUUCAGCCGCAGCGGGAACCUGCUGGUGCACCAGCGCGUGCACACGGGCGAGCGGCCCUUCACCUGCCCCCAGUGCGACAAGGCCUUCUGCAACAAGGCCAACCUCAUCACGCACAAGAAGCUCCACCGGCGCUACAGGACCUUCGCCUGCUCCCAGUGCCGCCUGGGCUUCAGCUCCAACAGCAAGCUGCUGCGGCACCUGCAGGCGCACGGGCAGGGGGACAGGGGGACCCUCGGGGACGGGGACAACCCGGCUGCCUGCCAGCAGUAGUUGCGGCUGCUCUCCAGCGUGGGAGGGGGCUUAGCACCGUGCGGAAGGGCCCCGAGGGCGGCAGCGGGGCAGGAGGGGACUCGUCCUGCCCGCCCCGGGACGUGACUUGGCUGGCGCCGCUGCUUGCUCCCCGGGGCUUGGCCCGGUGCACCACCAGGACCUGUGAGCCCUGCGCUCUGCACCCCUUUGGACCCCCAAAAAUCCUUCUUGGACACUUCUCCAUUUUCCCUGCACACCUUGAACUAUCGCGCCGGGGCACUUCCCAAUUCUCCCAGUCCCACCAGCACCCUGCCCCUGCGUGGGCCGCGUCUCCUUGUCUGUAUUAAGGCCAGAAGGGAGCGAUGCGAGCGGGCUCCGGGCGCCGUGGGAGGCAGCCCAAGGGGCAGAGCCUCUCCCCACUCCCCAGCUCGUGGCCCUCAGAGGGGUGCUGGGGGGUGAACAGCACCUGGGACCCCCGCCCCGCCCAACCCCCAUGAGUGUAGUGGGUGCUGCAGGGCACAGGCUGCGUGAAGCUGGGGCGGGGGUCCCUUCCCCCAGCUCACCCAACGCUGGCUCUGCACUGGUGGGACCAUGGCCGGGGCCGCAGGAUGCCUGGGGUGCCUGGAGCUGGGGGGGUGCAGAUCUGGAGCGUGAGACCUGAGCGCGUCCCCCACCCCACAGGGUCCCCCGUGCCCGUGGGCUCUGCCUGGGGCCACCCAUCCCUCCCUGCAUCUCGGAGGGAUGCGGCAACUUGUGCGAGGUGCCCGUGGGGGCGCGUCUGUCCAAGUAUGGGUGUCCCCGGCCGUGCCAUGGCUGCUGCUCCCUUGCCAGGGCAAAAGGUGCCGGUGCCGCGCAAGCUGGCGCUUUCCACGCAGGAUUUUCCCCUCGGGGGCGGUGCUGCCGCUGCCCGGCCCCUCUGGGCUCGUGCGCCUGUGUGCUCCUGUCCCGGCGCUUGCUGGCAGGAGCUGGGACACCGGGUGCUUUGUGCGGCUUGGCUGCGGUGUCCCAUGGUGGGGUUGCGAUGCGGUGCCCACCCGUUAGUGCCGGGGCUGGGUGGGCACUGGGAGGGCGGCCGAGUGCUGGCGCGGGGAGCGCUGCCAGCCCCGGGACACCAGAGUCCUGACGAGGUCGGGUGUAACGUGCUGGGCCAAGCGGGGCGUUAUUCCCUCCCGGUGAUGGUGCGUCGGUGCCCGCUUACACUGGGGGACGCUGCUGACCCCCGGCCGUGGCUGGUGACACCCCACCGAGGCCACCGGAGAGGCGCGGUGGGGAGCUGAAGGCAGGCUGGCGCCCCGCUGGUGCUGGAGGGCGCCGCGGCCAGCACCGCCGGCGUGACAGCAGCCGGCUGCACCCUCCGCAACAUCUGGAGCCAAAGGGCGAGCGCAUCUGCACGGAGCAGCCCUGGGGCGGCUCGUGCAGCCGCUUUGGCCAGCGGAGACGCGGCAGCGUGCGCCCGCGGCCUGGCCGCCUCGCCGGCACGAAGGGCUGAGCCGUCCCGGCGCCCGACCGUCCCCGCGCCGCUUCGCCGGGGCUCGCCGCGUUCUUCUGAACCGCUUGGUACGUUGGCUUGGAAUGGGGGGCAGUGCCCGGAGCGGGGCCCGCUCCCCCCGGUCUCCGGGAGCGCGGCCGCCCCGUUCGGCUGGUGGCCGGCGGUUUCUCCCUCGAGCGCCCCGCGGCGCCGGUUCCCCUGGGCCCGGGUGGGCGUCGGGGUCUGCCGGCGCGUUCUGUCGCGGGGCGCGGUGUCGGUGCUCCCUCGUGGUUCAAUAAAUGCCUUUUGCAGAA